UGCGCAUUCAUGCAAGACCCUUGACGACAACAGAACAAAAAUAAAACUCUGGUGAGAUCAAACAUCCAGAAGAAUGAAGAUCUUAAAAGUGAUUGUCGUUGUCUUAUUUUAUGCUGCUUUUGCUGAUCGGCCCACCAGGUGGUGUGUCAGCAGCAAUGCCGAAGAGAUGAAAUGCAACCAAUUGAAAGCAGAGCUCCAGAAGGCAGUAGAAGCCAACACAACAUUAGCAACAGUCCUACCAGCAGAUUUCCAGUGCAUUGAUGCAGACGAUGUCUUUUCUUGCAUGGAAUUGAUUGAAUCAGAUCAGGCUGACCUGGUCAACUUGGACUCAGGUCUGGGCUACUUCGCAGGUCGGCAGCACAACAUGAUGCCAAUCAUGGCAGAGAAGUAUGACACAGCUACAACAACCGAGAAACCUUCUUUGUAUUCGGUUGCUGUGAUGGCUGCUGGUACCAAAAUAAAUCUGAACACAUUAACUCAAAAUUCAGUAUGUUUUUCAGGUAUUGGUAUGGCUGCUGGCUGGGUUUACCCGAUUGGAACACUUCUAAAGAACAACUAUAUAGAGAUCACUGAGUGUAAUGCCUUGGUCAAGGCGGUAGCCUCUGCUUUUGGUCACAUGUGUCUACCAGGAUCUUUGACAUCACUCUAUAAUCAGUAUGGAAACAACCCGACAUCAGUUUGUGAGUUGUGUACUGGACAGAAUGAAGAGUUCUGUAGCACCAGUGACACUUUUGCUGGCUAUGAUGGUGCCUUCAGAUGUGUGGCAGAGGGCAAAGGGCAGCUGGCAUACGUCAGACAUGACAUCUUUGACAUCAUGCAGAGCCUGGUUAACAAUUCUGAAACAUCUGGUAUCAGUGUGGAUCCUGCAAGUUAUCAACUUCUGUGUCCAGAUGGUAAAACUGCAGCUGUGACUGAUUACGCAACUUGUAACUGGGGACAGGUGACAUCAAAUGUCAUUUUGACAUCAGCAGUCCGAGAGCCAUACAUUGUCAAAGGUUAUAAAAACUUUCUAUUUGCUGCUCAGCAGCUCUUUGGUAGAGGAGGCAGGUUAAGCAGCUCUUUUCAAAUCUUCAAUUCUGAGAGUUCCUACCCUGUGGAUGUGUUCAAGCGAGUGUUUACUAGGAAGAACUUAAUGUUUUCGGACACAACACAGAGCUUGAUUGAUAUCACUGAAACCGAAACUUAUUAUUCAUGGGUUGGUGAUGAUUUCAAUGACAUGCUGACUGAGAUGAACAACUGCCCUUCUGAUGUCAUCCGUUGGUGUUUGAUCUCCAUGGCCGAGAAGCUGAAGUGUGAGGACAUGAUUAUGGCUUUCAAGGCUAAAGAGCUCCAACCUGAGAUGGACUGUCUGUAUGGAGGGAAUACAACCGCGUGUUUGGAAAUGAUUUGGAGAGGGGAUGCUGACCUAAUAAGUUUGGAUGCUGGAGAUGUGUACAUAGCUGGACGUCGCUAUGGCCUGAUCCCCAUUGCAUCAGAAGAUUAUGGUGAUAUGUCAAUGAAGUUCAAAGCUGUUGCUGCCAUCAAGAAAACAGACCAACAAACAACUUUAUUCAACUUGAAAGCAGGUAGAAGAUCAUGCCAUCCGGGGAUUGGUCGAGGAGAUGGCUGGGUGAUUCCACUCAAUAUCUUCAUUGAAACUAAGCAGUUUUCACCUAAAGAUUGUACUAUUUUUAGAAACAUUGGAGAGCUCUUUUCUCGGAGCUGUAUACCUGGAUCUCUGGACACGGAGUACAAUCCUGGUGGCCGUCCAAUCAACUUGUGUGAAGCGUGUAAAACUAACGGUUAUGGGAAAUGUCAGCGUAACAAUAAUGAAAUGUAUUAUGGGACCAGCGGUGCAUUCAGAUGUUUGGUGCAGAACGGUGGUGACAUUGCCUUUGUUCGCCACUUGACUGUCCGAGACAACACAGAUGGGCGCAAUCAUGCCACAUGGGCUAGGAAUCGGAGGUCUGAUGACUAUGAACUGUUGUGCAAGGAUGGGCGUCGCCUCAAUGUGGACAGAUUUAAUGAAUGUCACUUGGGGGAAGUUCCAGCUGAUGCAAUAGUUACUUCAGCUGCAAAGACCUCAAAGCAGAUAGAUAUCAUCUGGAAUGUUCUAAAUUAUGGACAACAGUAUUUUUCAUCAGACAUUGAUGGAGACUUCCAUAUGUUUGACUCGGGCUUCUGGUACAGUAAUCUCAUUUUUAAUGACGCUGCUGUACGCUUGAUGAAAAUCUCACCCGAUCGUCAAAACUACAAGGACUGGCUGGGCGAGACCUUUCUUGCUCAGGUUGAGAACCUCCACCGCUACACCUGUGUUAAUCCAGACAGUGCAGGAUUUCUUCGGCCAAGUUUUGUAGCUAGUCUGUUAGUAGUUUUGGUCUCCAUGCUUCUCAAACACUUAUAGCUCUACGAGCAUUAGAUUCAUGUCUCUCUUUUUCUGUUUGUUUAUUAAGGGUUAAUACAACAGACAUUUGGUUUAAAACUCUGCAAAAGAAUGACUAAAAAACUAAAUUAUUGAAAAGUAUGUUUUAACCUUUUUAACUUAUCUUGAAAAUAUCAUUGACCUCGACUAUCCUUUUAGGGUCUUUGCAUAUUUUACAAUUUUAUGUACAUUCUAAUGAAUAUUAAUGUAAUUAUUAAAUAUUUUUUUUACAAAGCUUGUAUUAACUCACUCUGUAUGUCUAGUAAAAGUUUUACAAGUUUUUUCUCCUACAUCCAAUCUCUGAUCACAUUGAAAUUUCGCACAAUUAUUUCUUGUUAUCUGACAAAGUAUGAAUCAAUAAAAAAAAAAUUAACUUCUUAUUUAAUUAACUCUUGUUAAUUGUUAACCAAUUAUUUUAUUGAAUUAGUCCCCUUGAGGAGGCUUGACCCGCCCCCCCCCCCUUUUCAAAUUCAAGUUAUAUUUUUUUUUAAAGCAAUCAAGAUACCCCCCUUCUUUACCCCUGCCAACUUUCCCAACUGUUCCAGACUAGUGAUGAUAGUGAUCAGAUCAUAGCACAUUGAGAAAGCUAAAAGCAUGAAAUUGCGCUAAACUAAUACAAUGGGUAAAAAUAUUUCCAAGCGCACAGAAUUAUUGUUGUUAGUCUAGAUCUAUUACAAAUUUAAUUCAUAACUGAUCCAAACUAAUUGAUACAAUUACAUUAAUUGAAGCUUUUUUAAAGUAUUUAAAAUGUUUUUCUUGUUACAAAUAUUUCCUUAUGUUUGGGGGUUUCUAUUAUAUAUUAUUAAGGCCAUGUUGUAAUAUUUGUUUUCUGUGAAAAAAAGUUCCAGGAUUUUUUUAGCAAGCCACUAGACUUCACAUUUCUAAUGGAUAAAUUAUUUGAAAGUUUAAGUUGCAUUUAAAAACAAAUCCCUAUUGACAAUCACUGACCUAAACAAUUUCUGCUUUGGUUAGAUAUCAACUUUCAUUGUAAUUACUGCAUCUGUGAGCAUACAUGUACAUAGUUUUUCGGAUGCAAUUUUUAUUGUUAUUAUUAUAAAUUUGAAUAAUAAUGUCUUAAUGUGAA